CUUCCCAACUACGCUGUGGACAAUCUCUGUGACACCCCCUCCCCCCCUCCCUCCUUUCCUCGAUCCAUCCUCCUCUGCAAUCCGACGAGGCUUCUUCGCCGCCGAUGGCCGCACUUCGGCACCCCUGAGAGCCGCCGGCCGCUUCCUCACCAUCCGUCGCGCCCCCCUUUUUUUAUUUCCUCCGACGGAACCACCCAUCGACAUCCUUUUCCCCGCUGUCCUUCAACGCCAAAUCGAGGAAUCUGCUGUCAUGCUGCACGCGUCUCUUCACCUCUACCAUCAUCACCAUCAUCAUUAUUAUCAUUAGUCCAGUUUGUGAUCGACACCAGAUCAUUCAUUUCCCACUCCCCUACCCUUCCCUCACCCUCCCUUUGCAUUCCCCCCCCCCCCGAGCGGGACCACGACGGGAUGCGUCCUGGUGCAGUGAUGCUGCUCCUGGUCCUCCUGGGCAACUUGAUGCCGCCCUUCGUCACGGCUCAAAACGCUGGAUUUGUAAAGUCGCCGAUGUCUGAGACUAAGCUUACCGGGGACACGUUUGAGCUCUACUGCGACGUACUUGGUAACCCCACCCCAGAGAUCCAGUGGUGGUAUUCCGAAAUCAACCGAGCAGAUUCGUUCAAGCAGCUGUGGGAUGGAGCCCGCAAGCGCAGAGUGUCCAUCAACACGGCCUACGGCGCCAACGGUGUCAGCGUUCUGGGUAUCACGCGCCUCACGUUGGAAGACUCUGGGACCUACGAGUGUCGGGCGAGCAAUGACCCCAGGCGAAAUGACCUGCGACAAAACCCCGCCAUCACCUGGAUUCGGGCCCAGGCCACCAUUUCGGUGCUACAGAAACCAAAGAUCAAUGCCUCUGAUCAGAUCAUCUUGCCGACGGACUCCCCUGGCGUACCGAUUACUCUGCAUUGCAACCUCACCACCGCCCACACCGAGCACACGGAGAGCUUCUGGGUGAAGAACGGGCGAGAGAUUGCUAACACGCGGACUGAGCACAGGACCACAACGUAUAGAAUUGGUAAACCACGAGCGGAUGAUUCUGGGGAAUACAUGUGUGUAUACACAUUCGAAAUGGCUCCAAAUGCAAAUGCGACAAUUGAAGUAAAAGCAAAACCUGUUAUCACCGGUCAUAAACGGAGUGAAAAUAAAAACGAGGGGGAAAACGCAACAAUGCAUUGCAAGUCGGUCGGGUAUCCGCAUCCCAUCUGGACAUGGCGUAAAAUGGAAGGCACGUCCUCCAGGGAGAUCGACAACUCUACUGGACGCUUCUUUAUUACGAGUCAAGGCAACUACACAGAGCUGAACAUCCUAAAUCUUGAUAUAGACACCGAUCCCGGGAAGUACGAGUGCAAUGCAUCCAAUGUCAUCGGGACAACUACCGAAAUCACUAUCCUACGGGUGCGAAGCCAUCUUGCGCCGCUUUGGCCGUUCCUGGGCGUGCUGGCGGAAAUUAUCAUCCUCGUAGUCAUAAUCGUCGUGUAUGAGAAACGCAAGAGGCCAGAUGACAUUAUUGAUGAUGACGAGCCAGUUGGACCAAUGAAAACCAAUUCUACAAACAACCACAAAGACAAAAACGUCCGCCAAAGGAACACAAAAUAAGCAAUGGACUCAAAUGAGAUGGGUGAAACUGCAGGUUUUUUUGGCUACACGGCGGCAUCUGAGUUGCGGCCUAUCUUGAAAGAGAAAAAAAAAUAAUAAAAGCAUAUCUUGUCUCUUUUUACAAGGAACAAUAUCAGCGUAACACUGGCAACCAAGAGCAAGCGGAGUGGGGGAGUCUUAAAGCAUGCCUUGUCGCGUGGCGAUGUCAGGAUGACAAAUUGUGACUGCAAAUCGCCCAAGAGGUGUUCGCAUUUUUUUCCCGAUGUGAUGUUGAUGUCUCUGUAAUUGAUUUUAAUCGUGGCCCGCAAAUGAGCCAACUCCCCUUUUGAAUGACACAUCAUGUAAAUGCAUGCAAAAUAAUUACGCAAUAGGAUACUCAGAAUAGACAUCUUCUGUUGUUAUCCCUCGUGUGGCUUUUGUUUUGCAUCCCAAAAGUUUUUUUAUAGAGUCAUCCUUAUAUGAAUAUAGAUAUAUAUAUAUAAAUAUGAGUAUGUAUAAAUAUAUAUAUUGAAAUAUAUAUAUUUAUAUAUAAUGUCUUCUUUUUCCUCUUGAACAUUUGUACAGCAUAUCAUGGUCAUUUAAUGUUUGAUUUCGUGACGACAAGUCCACUUUUAAUAGAACUUUUAUCGUGAAGCAAGGGCUUCGAUGACUGGCAGUAUUUAAAAUUUAAUGGAGAGUGAAUACAGAAAAUGAAUAACGUGUGUUUAACAAACUAAAUAUCAAUGGUAUGUGUAUUACUUUAAUUUCCUUUUGAGAGUAACUUAGAGUGUCUCGUAUAUGUUGCAGUAUGAGUGUUCAAAUGAUAGGAUAUCUGUAAAAAAAAAAAAAACGAUAUUUUUUUUAACAUUUCCUAAUUUCAUCGUUUGAUUUUUUUUAUUUUUCUUUGACUAUAUAGCAUGGCUAUAAUCCUAUGCAAAAUGUAUUCUUGAAUAGAUUAAAUGGAGGGCAGUUUGUUUUAAUCAGUCAAGCUUUAAUAGCGUGGGAUCCCUUGGAAGCUGGCAUAGCGACAUUAACUGCUGUAGCUGCAUGACCCCUCCUUUCAAUACAAUGUAAUGAUGAUGUGUGUUGCGAUGGCAAACGGACCUGAAUUGAUGUGAGAACAGAGGGACCAGAGUAUAUAGCCACGAUCCAACAUAUGAAUAAGACCAAUAUUUUUUUUCUGAAUAAAAAAACAAAAAUG